GCUGAUUUGGAGGAGUAACCACUCGCUUUAUUAUGUUGGGUGCAGAUUGCCGAGAGCUCAGCGAAAGGAAGAGAGCGGAAAAAAAGGCACACGCAGCGUACAUGGAGAGACGGCGGAAAGCCACAUAGAAAAAGGAAAUUCCUCGCCGUUCAUGUUCGGCCCCCCGGGGGGAUAUUACAUCUGUUCACCUUGUUCCAGAAAACCGAACGAGAGCAGCGGUGUUUAGUCGCAGUCUAGAGGAGCGUACAUCGGACUUAACGCGGGGACCCAUGACAGAGCGCAGCAGAUGGUUUCCUUUGCACUCGUACAGCUCUGUCUCAGCCCGACAGAUAAAUGAAGUAGCCCUUUCUACAUAAAGGACAGAUCAUGGCCCAAUCUAUGCUAUUGCACCUAUGGGUGUUCUUGGCCACGUUGGCAGUAAGCAAGCCUUCUACGACAGUGUCUUACGUUGACUAUGUCACGAAUGAAAAACUGAUUCAAGGGCUUGCAAAGGACUUUUCAAAAAAGAACCACUCCGAGGAGGAGGAAGGUUUAGGAAUCCAAAAACUGGAGGAGCCAAAGGUUUCCUCACUAGAGGAAGGAAACGUGGAGGAUUUAUUACAUACCAAACCACCUUCAGAAAAAAAUGGCAAUUUCCAAAUAACAGCUGCGUUCAUACCAGGUCGGAAGCCAGUACAAAAUGCGGAGACGUACUUGGAUAGUAAAUCUGACACAUUUCCAAAUAAUAGAGACAAAACAGUGUUGGUUGUUAAUAAUAAAAUGAGCCAAACUAGCUUCGAGACCAUGGACCAUACAAGCUCCGAGGAAUCUUUAACCAGACAUGAUGAUCGUAAGACUCCUUCUCGAGAAUCCAAAAAGUUGGAACAUAACCUGAAGGGCAAGAGUUCGAUCUUUUUUUCAAAUGAGGACGAAGGAACCAGAAUGAAACCCAUUGAGAUGCUACCCAAGCCGUUGCCGAUGGGAAAUCAUGUUGAACCUGAAAACGACAGGACAACACACAUUUUAAGCACUGUUAGCCCAACGGUCUCCACCAUAGCCCUAGUUGCUAGAACACAACCAUAUGUCUUCACGGGGGAAGCUGGGCCUUUUACUCAAAUACAAAAACUCCAGAUAGACAGUGGCAGUGUUCAGGACAAUGAAGCCUUAUCAAAGAAUUCCUUGGUUGUCCAAGCUGACAAAAACAGUUCCUCGCUACGUGGCUCUUCUGAAGCCCUGAGACAGAUAUCCGAAGGCAAUUUCCUUGAUGAUAAUUUAAUCCCGAAGGUGCUUGGAGUUCAACCUUCAGAGAAAUAUCACGCAGCCUACAGGACCACAGAGAGCUACUCAGCCUUACAAGACACCAGACCACAUGGCAAUGAAGUAAUAUCAGCAGAUGUGGAUUUACGUCACUCAGAUGAUAACCUACAUUAUCAGAAGGAUAGUAACUCCAUCCCAGAGGAGUCCAUGGCAGCAGAAAAUGUAACAGGGGCACCAAACGUUUCUACUUUCCUACAUAAACAAAAGGCAAAUGGUCAGAAGACAUUCCCCACUGGGAUUUCCGUUCACUUUCUUCCGUCUGACCCAUCUAUCAAGCAAGAGCAACCAACGCUCCAGUCUUUCCCUAGCAAGACCAACCUUCCCUAUGCUACCGUGGAUCACACCAAGCAUGUACCUUUAGAAGCAAAGUCGAGAACUCAGACAGAAAGAAUGUCUCCUUCUCCAAAUUUGCGGAAGUCUUUUUUGGUCAAGAACGGCGAUGGUGACCUUGGUGGCUUUGACUCCCAACUCUCCGUAAAGACCAUUCCUCAGGAGAUAUCUUCCCAGCAAGCUCAUGAAACACCAACGCCAGCGAUGCAAGUGUCUAGUAAAGACCCUGAUAAACUUCUAGACCCUGAAACAAGUCCAGUAGAAUCAGACAAUGGAUUGACAAUGACUCAGAGGAACCCAAUAUCUGACAAAGUGCCUCCAGAACUCAUACCAUCUACGACAUUGAAGACCAGGCAGCAAGGCAACGUUCCAGAAGAAAACACGCACCGGACGGACUUCAUCGCCACCCCUCAAGCUGUUCCAAGCUCAACGAAAAGGGCCGGCCGUCGAGGUGAAAUUAGAGUAACGACUCAAAGAGCUCUUCACAAAUCUAAAAUGCUAGACGUCCCGACCAGUCUUCCGUCCAAAAAGACGACUUCAGACGCAACGCUGUGCGCCAAGGCGGGGGGAGAGUGCGAAUUCCUAGGAUCCAACAAGACUCUUCUAACCUGGGAUGACUUGCAACGGACCUUGAGUUUUGCCUGGGAAAUGCACGUUUAUGGGACAGCUGUUCUUUUUAUUCUGUUAUCUGUGGUGGCCCUGAUCAACCUCAUUGGGUCUCCCAUUUUACGAGUUUCCUACCUGCCAUAUAUCGUAACGUCCAAUCUUCUCUUGUUUAUCAGCGGGGUCCUUCGAGCUGUAUUUUUUCUUAUGGACCCUUAUGGAUCAAAGUCGAGGAUUUCACAAGGUAUUGCUUUGGUGCUCUACAACGUCACCUUCCCUCUCAUGCUCUUUGCGUUCGCCACCCUGGUCCUGCUGGUUUUGAAGAUGGCUCGUCUUCAGCUUUUGCCCCCAAAUAUCCAGAGUCUGGCUUUGCUUGCCGUGAUUGGAGUCAUUCACUUCAUUGUCCUCCUGAGUGCAGACCUCCUGGCGCAUUUACUUAAUCCUUCAGUAAACGUUGUCUUACAGACGCUUUCCAUCUCGUGGGGCGUAUUUCUCAUGGUGGGGAAUUUUGUGGCUUAUUUCCGAGUCAGAAGAAGCGGCAAAGACAUUGUAAAUGAGACUCAGAGGGUAUCUCCGGCCUGCGAAGAUAUCGUUGUUGUGCAGACGGCGGGGAGGAACAUUAAGUGUCUUUUCACAUCGUCCAGGGUGCUGUUGGUCAGUAGUGUUUUUGGGCUGCUCUGUUGUGGGUUGCAGGUAUAUGCAGUACUCUGGAUUUACGGAUUAUUUGGGAAGAAGGACGAGUUUUCGUGGUCCUGGUGGUUCUUACAGUUUUGGUUCCGCAUAUUCGAACUGGCGCUCUGCUUUUCCAUGCUGUUCGUAGCCUCGCACAGCUUCUGUGUGCAGUGCGGUAGCAACGAUCAUACCUGUUGGUCCAAGAUAAUCAGUUAUUUCUGCACCUACAAGAAAACGGAGGUCCCGGAGUAUCCAAACAACUGCUACGACUGGACCAACAGUAUCCAAGACAGAAUCGUUAAUAACAACAUCAGUAAGAGCAUCAUCCGGAACCAUCCAGAAAACGUUCCCUUGAGGAUCGUCAAAGAGAGCAACGAAACAAAAAGUACGGUUUUCGGCUAUGAUAGUAGGUCGUCGUCUCCACUAUUUAAACCUAAACCGGAGUCUUUCGGACCAAAGUCUCAAAAUGUCACCAUGGGACGUUCCCACACAAGCAUUUGUUUUGAAAAGGAGUCUAUGCUCUCCUUGACUGAUUUGGAGUUCCGACCUCCAUCUCCUAUUAAUUUGAGCAGGAGUAUCGACGAAGCUUUGUUCAGGGAGCAUCUGGUCAGAGACAGCAUUUUUCUCGAUUCAAGCCUCCAGUAUCCUAACUACCUGAUCAGACAAGACUCCUGUUCUUCGUUAAAGGAAUGUUCUGCCUUGAACCAAACCGUGGACCCAUUGAUCUCCGCUGACUUGAAAAUGAGAAGGAGCAGUAACCCCGACUUCACGUACAGCUUGGCGAGAUGUAACUCGGGGACAGAGGUUGACACUCCAACCGAGAGCCUGCAGCAGAGCAAGGAGCUCCCACAUGACGUACCGACGGAAGGGCUCGCGUCAGUGAGUUCCUUGGACAGUUUCUCUAAAGGGUCCCUCAAAAUAAGCUGGAAUCCCUGGCAGCAUGGACUGUCCUCGGUGGAAAGCCUUCCGCUUGAAGAUACGCCAGACGCCCAACUUUUAAAGCAAGACUCCCAACCCAGCAUUGUUUCAAAGACCAGCAACCCAGAGAAGACGUUGGGCAAGAGGUUCAUGGAAAGGAGCCAAACCACGGAUUCUAAUAGCAUUGCCAGUGAAACCAUCGAGCUGUAAAGACUAACCAGGCCAUCGUAGAGAAGAUGAGCAAGCACUUGUAUCGAAAGGAAACCCGGCCAGACUUUUUUUAAGACAUCCUGAAGGAAAUGGUAACUCUAAGUAGUAAAAUCGCCACAAAGUUGCCACAAAGACUCAUCAUCGCUUGUCCCCAAGUCAAUAGUUAUCUAUGAUAAGCACAUCCAAUCUGUAUAAGUGGGCAGCUGAUACAUUUCCUUCUUUAGCCGUAUUCUUUUUCUGUUUUCAUACUUUAAUUUCCUAUGAUGUCAUUGCUUUGUGGGUCAUAAAAGCAAAAAGAAAAA